AUGCGUGUCCUUGCUUUCCUAAUAAUAGUGCCAGCAAUACAUGCGGGAUACGCUCCCCAGAAGGCUCCCAAACUCCCAGAAGGCUUUUGUCCUUCCGAAACAGGCGAUGUGACUGCAACAACCGGUGAAUGCAUGUGUCAUUGGCAACACAAGGACGGGUGCGUUGGAUCCAAGUGCCAGUACCAGAUGGGUCUCUCAUGGUAUCACUAUACAUGUGAAGAUUGUAAAUGCGUCAAGGAGCCAUAG